AUGUUGACAACAUCUCCCAUCGUCGCCAGCUCCGCCAAUGCCUCGCCCAAUAGCUUCCACUAUGCCCCUACGCGAUCCUCCCCGCACUCAUCUCCUGCCCGGCUUUCGGCCCCUUUGCCGCGGCGGCACUCUGCAUCAAGGUCUUCUCCGUCCGCAGCCUCAAUGACCUCACCUUCCUCCCAACCACGCCCACGACAAUAUGUAGCCGUCGACGCCGGCACCCAAUAUUCUCCCAUGGAGUCUUCUACCCAAAAGGCACAAGAUGCCACCGCCUCGCGCACUCCUACCACCGUCCCUGCGACGCCUGUCGAACCCCCGCCGACGCCGCGCCCUCAACCCAUAGACCCAUCCGCGCCGCAACCGCAACCGCAACCAGAACCCCAUCAGCGAUCCCAGACAGAAAUACAAUCACAACCGCAGACCGUCGUGGCACCCGUCAUUCGCGAGGCGUCGACUACCACCGCGUCGCCCGGAAAACGUCGAAACUCUCAAGAUCCUGCCGUCGCGCAAGCGCAGGCAAGCGCAUCAGCAGCGGGCGAGUCGUCGAGCGGCGCGGCUAAGCGCCCAAAGCCCACGGCUGGCCCGCCGAAAAUCUUGCCCCAGCGAUAUGAGCUGUGCAGCACCGAGGAUAUGGUUGUUCUCAUAUCCCACAUGCUUUCAGAAUUGAUAGAGACCAACGAUGCUCUGGCUCUUCGUUCUGGAAGCCUGACUCGCUUCCACUCGAGAACCGCACCGAGCAUCUCGGUACUGGAAUAUCUCAAUAGAUUGGCAAAGCAUGCGACGCUGACCCCGCCGCUGCUGCUAUCUAUGGUCUACUAUAUUGACCGCCUCUGCGCAUUAUACCCAGAGUUCACUAUCAAUACGUUGACUGUCCAUCGCUUUCUGAUCACGGCCGCCACGGUGGCGGCCAAGGGUCUAUCGGAUCUGUUUUGGAACAAUACAACCUAUGCACGAGUUGGAGGCGUUAGAGUCGCCGAGCUCAAGCUGUUGGAGCUUGAAUUUCUAUACAGGGUAGACUGGAAGAUCGUCCCGAACCCAGAAGUCCUUGUGGCUUAUUACCGUGGCCUUGUUGAGCGCUGCCCAGGAUAUGCAUUGCAAGAGGAAGAAGCAGAAGCGAUUGACGAAGAUGAAGAUUCUGACGAAGUUGAAGAUGAUGGUUCGACAGAGAUUUCAGACGGAGUCGCUGACGACAGCGGAGACUCGCCGGACGAAGAGAGCCCGGCUAAGUCAUCGCAUGGGGAUGAAGCAGGGCCGUCGCAGCCCUCAUAA